UAAAAUUCCUAAAAAAUACAUACACUUAUAUUUGUUAAAUGCAAAUUGCAAUUUGUCGGGACCCGUGUAGCGUCGGUUGCGAACUGCAGAAUGAAGUCGCCGUGUCAAGUGCGUGUUAUUUAAGCCACACUCAUCAAGAAGAUGGACAGCUAUGGGUUCUCCAGUGAUAUGUUCAGUGGGCGAGCAGUUCUGGGGGAGGACAGUUCGGUCAUGGCCCGGAUGCAGAAGAAGUUCUGGAAGACCAAGCAGGUUCUGAUCAAGGCCACAGGGAAGAAAGAAGAUGAGCAUGUGGUGGCAUCUGACGCAGAUCUUGAUGCCAAGUUGGAGUUUUUCCGUUCAGUCCAGAGCACUUGCACAGAACUCCUGAAAGUGAUUGAGAAAUACCAGCAAAGAAUCACACACCUCUCUCAAGAGGAGAAUGAGCUCGGACUGUUCUUGCGCUUCCAGGCAGAGCAUGAUAAAACAAAAGCAGGCAGUAUGAUGGACGCCACCAGUAAAGCCCUCUGCUGUUCUGCCAAGCAAAGGUUGGCGCUGUGCCCCCCUCUCCAUCGUUUGGAACAGGAAGUGGAGACGUUCCGGAGGAGAGCCAUCGCAGACACCCUGCUGACCAUGAGCCGGAUGGAGAAAGCCCGUACUGAGUACCGUGGAGCUCUGCUCUGGAUGAAGGACGUCUCGCAAGAACUGGAUCCUGAUACUUACAAACAACUGGAAAAAUUUCGCAAGGUUCAGGCCCAGGUCAGAGGAACAAAAGUGCAUUUCGAUAAGCUGAAGAAUGAUGUGUGUCAGAAAGUGGACAUGCUGGGCGCCAGUCGCUGCAACAUGCUUUCACAUUCCUUAUGUACUUACCAGACAACGCUCUUACAGUACUGGGAGAAGACUGCGCACGUGAUGUCUGGCAUCCAUGAGGCCUUCAAAGGAUAUGUACCCUACCAGUUCACUACCCUUAAAGAAUUAAGGGACCCAUUGGACCAGAUUGUCUCCAUGCAGACGACAGAGGACAGCAAAGACGAGGAAAAGAAGACGCACCCAGACAAUCUUGUUUCACUUGAAGAUGAACAGCUGGGUGAAUCAUCCGAUACUGUUUCUACUCGUGCAGUAGACGGACAAAGUAGAGGAUCCGACAGUUCUUUGUGUGCCAGUCUGGACUCUGCAUUGAUCGAACAUUUAGGUCCUACUGGUGGAGAUAGCACAGAUGACGACCUCCUAUUAUUGACCCCUGAGCCUGGCCCGACCCCUUCUCUCACUCCAUCCUUGACCCCAACCCUACACCCGUCCAUGUCCGUUAUGCAGACUCAGAUACUGCAGGAGGCCUCGGUGCCUUCUGCUAUUCAGUGGGGUGUAGGCGUAUCACAUGAGGAAAAGCAAGACACUUUACCCAGCAGUCUAUCACCUGAAAUAGUAGGCAGGGAUCUGUUGUCUGAGGCUCUAGACUCUGCGGGGUUGAAAGAAGAGGAGGGAGAGAGAAGUGACCUGGCCUUCCUGCAGGAUCUGCUGAGUCCUGGGGCUGCGGGUGGCACCAGUGAGUUCAGUAAGGCAUGGCAGGACGCUUUCGGCUGUUUUGAGGCCCCUCCUGCUCCUGUUGCUGCUCCUUCACCGCCAGCAGAAACGACAAACACACCCGCUGGCUUCCUGCCAUCACAGCUCCUGGACCAUAGCCUUAGCGCCACAGGAUGGACGACUCCGCCUAUGUUUCAAGCCCUGCCCCUCCAGCCACCUUCCAGUGGAGGACAGCCUGCCCAGAAUAGUCCACACUCAUCUGCCACGGCACCUAAGGGAAACUCCAGGGACAUGUCUGCCUGGUUUAACCUCUUUGCAGAUUUGGACCCUCUGUCCAACCCAGACGCUAUUGGACGCAGUGAUCAGGAGUUCCUCAAUGCCUGAGGAUGACUUGGAGCUGUAUCACAUCCUAAAUAUACUUUGAUGGAAAGGAGCGCAUAUCCCAAGCCUAUAUUCGGAGCUGGAUCUCUACCUCUCCUGAAACAGUUCAACCUGAGCCAAGGAAGCAUCCGGAAAUCUCUAUCCAUAUAAAACGCAGCAAGGUUUCUGAGACACGGGAAUGUCUCUCUUUUCUCCGUUCUUUAUGUGUGUGAAUUUACUGUAUGUUCAUCAAGACUUCAUCUCUAUAUCACUAUAGUGUUGUUACCUGAGAGCAAGGUAUCUGUUACUUUAUGAAGUGCACAUGUUUAAAGGGACGUAAAGAUGAGGAUUCGCCCCCUUUCUCGUGUAUGGCUGGCUGUUUUGUCUAGGACCAAACCUCCGUAAAUAUGUGUGUGUGUGUGUGUGUGUAUAUCUGUUUGCUUCGUACGACAGGGGAGUUUUAAUGGCCACAAACAGGGUUACCGAUUUAUAACCUCUAUUAUAGAUUAUAGACUGUAUUUUUAAUUAAGAUUGAUACCUAAAGUGUGUGAAGCUGCGCAUAAAUCACAGAUAUUUUUGGAGCCUCUUUCACUGGAUAAGUUUAACCCUAAAUGAGAAAUAAAUGAAAUGAUUUAUUAAUCUAAUUAAAAGAAAAGUGUUACUGUAAACUACAUAUGCAAGUAGCGUUCUGUGCCAUUAGUUUGGUGGGAAGGAGAAGGUCACAGUUUAAUGGAGAUUCUUGUUUUUAGUCACACAAAUGGUGAAAUUAUGUCUCCCAAAUCUUCUUCACUGUCACGCUGUGAUGCAAAACACUGGAAUGUGUUCGUGGAGACCUUUAGCACAGGUUUACAUAAAUACCCUGUACUCUAUACAUGACACGCAUCUCAUUUUUUCCCAGAUGAUCACGUUUAGUCUCAUCAGGUGCGGCCAGAAAUCAAGUUAUUGUCUCAGAAUCCAGUCUCGGAUUGUUCUAGAAUGUAUGUUCGUUGAUCUGAAUAGCUUUGACCGUACAUUUCACUUCAUAUUUAACGGAGCACGUUUUCUCGUGUCUUUGAGUAGUUUAACAAUUUGACGUGUCACUUUGUGUUUGGAUCUGUGUGUGGAGAAGUUACCGUAUCACUUUUUUUUUUUUUCUCGUAAGAAAUGAAUGUACGACACACCAUUCGCAGCUGCUUUCAUCGGUUUAUUUUAUGCAACUUUUGCCUUUGUUUCGGUUAAAUAAUGUACAAUUUGAUCGAAGGAACGUGGAUCGAGAGAUCUUGCGUUUGAGAGCAAAUAAAUCCGAGUAGAAUUCC